UGUUUCUUUGCGUUUUACCUUUCAGUCUUCUCUUCGUUCUUCUUCCCUUCCCUGUUUUAAACCCUGGAAAUUGGACGGGGAAGAAUUCGAUCUCUUUCCGAUCAUCGACCUUUUUUUUAUGUAUACGCUAAUUGAUUUGGUUUGCGUGGUCUUAGAUUGAAGAAAAGAAAGGAAAAUUUGUUGGUCAUGAAAUUGAAAUUUUAAAUUUCGGAAGCACAAAACAUUAAAGGUUUUGAAGGCUGCAAAUUUUUAUAGCAAGAUUAUUGAGCAUGAGUACUCAAGCUCAGGGAGUGAGAGGCCCUACCUUAAGGGGGUAUCGGAGGAGGAAGACAAUGCUGGACUUAAAUGUGCUUCCAAGUGAAAGCAGGGAUCAGGAAGGAACUUCAACUCAGGAUGUGCAGCAUGGAGAGCAAGCAAGCCAACAAGGCCAGCCUUUACCACCUGCUACUAUUGAUGUUGAGGCUUUUGAUGAUGACGUUAUUGAAUCUUCACCAAGGGCUUUUGCUGAAGCCAAGAGUAAUGCUCGAAGAAACAAUGCCCAAAGAACUCAUGGAAGUGCUGUUGUAGUUGAUGUAGAUUCAGGACAAACAACUAGGUUGACUUAUAAUAACCAUAACAAGCGCAGACGACUUCUACCAAACCAAACAAUUAUCAACUGUGAACAUUAUGUAAAUUUGGAAAGCAGUGGCAGCUCUACAGUAAUAUCUGAAAGUGGAGAUAAUGCACCAUCAGCACCUUCACUUCCAAAGGAGCCAACCUUCAACUGUCCAAUUUGCAUGGGCCCAUUUGUUGAGGAGACAUCAACAAAAUGUGGGCAUAUUUUCUGUAAGGCUUGCAUUAAGGCUGCAAUUAGAGUACAGGCAAAAUGUCCUACCUGUAGGAAAAAAAUCUCGGUUAAGAACCUUAUCAGGGUGUUCCUUCCAGCAACCAGUUCAUUGUGAUGCUCAUGACCAAUUGGUUUUUCAUGCAAGUUUUUUUGUAAUUCCUGUGGUCAUUAGUAGAAAAGAAACAUUACUUACAGAUGUCCAAUAUAUUUAUAGUACAAAAAGAAAUGAUGUUAUGUUCAAGUAUUUUGAUGUCUUCUCUCUUUUUGUUUUAAGAAACAGGCUUUUAUUAUGGGAGGUACCAAAUGUGUUUCA